AGCCGAGCAUGCGCGCAGCCGCGCCCGCUCCGCGGCAUGGGCCAGGGGGUUGGCAAGGACUGGGCGGUGCAGGCGGGUGUGUCGGCGCAGGUACUGUGCUCUGACUGUAGGGGCCAGGCGCUGUGCGAGGACGGCGUCUGCGCUGGUCUGGAGGAGGGCCUGGAGAGCCUCCUGGUCGAGGGCGUCGGCGCCCACGAGGGCGGCUCGGGCAGCAGCGGGCGCCGACGCUGGCGGCGUGCGAGUCCGCCGCUGCCGCCCCCGCCCGCGGACGCCCAGCGGCUGCUGCGCGGGUGCCCGCGGGAGCUCGCGGACUCGCUGUGGCAGCUGCAGCAGUGGGGCGUGCUGCGGUGCGGGCCGUGGCUGUCCGACGAUGCCCAGAGGGCUUUCUUCCGCAGCCUGCAGCGCUGCCACCUCUCGCAGCUGGUGGAGCGGCACGUCGACGCAACCGCGCCGGACGACAGCGUCUACGUGCCUCCGGUCCCCGUGGGGUGGCAGGAGCUGCUCGCCAACCCCUCCUUCAGCGCCGGCCAGGUCUUCGCGUCCGAGACGAUGCCCGCCGACAUGCGCAAGAGCUUGCGGAAGGCUGGCCUGCAGGCGCUGCACCUGGGAAGGGUGGCGGUGGUGUUGCUGGCGGGCGGGGCCGGCCUGCGCUUUGGCGGCAGCGAGCUUCCGGUGAGCUGCUCUGGCAGAGUUCUGAAGCUUCCCAGCGGCAAGAGCAUCCUGCAGCUGCUCUGCGAGCGAGUCAGGCGUCUCAAGGAACUGGCCGCCACGGAAGGCAAGAGGAAGACCGCUGCGCAGAUCCCCGUGUUCGUGAUGACCUCCCGUCUGACGCACCAGAUGGUGGUGGAGCACUUCAGGAGCAACUGCUUCUUCGGGCUGCCCAGCCACGACGUGAAAUUUUUCGAGCAGCCAGACUACCCCGUCAUGCACGAAAGCGGCCACCUCUUGCCUCAGAGCUUGGGCGGCCAGUUUGCGCGCGCCCCUGGCGGCCCCGGGGAGGUCUUGAGGGCUCUGGCGGCUUCCCCGGCGAUGCAGGAACUGCAGGACAGGGGUGUACAGUCGCUGCACAUCGUUGGCACGGACAACCUGCUUGCCAAGGUUGGCGACCCAGUCUUCAUCGGUUUCUGCCAGGUGGCGGAUUGGAUCGACUGUGCGUGCAAGGUGACCGAGCGGCUGGACCCGGACGAGGACAUGGAGCUCUUCUGCGUCCGCCGGCGCUCCGUGCAGACCCACAUGGCCGACGUGGAGGAGGCCGCGUGCGGCCUGGACUUUGCGGAGGCGAGCGAGGCGAUGCGCCACGACCGCGGCAGAGAGGACGGCAGGCUCCUCUACAGCGGGUCGAUCAACUCCGUCUUCGCCGCGCUGCCCUACCUGCGGGAGAUCUCUGGGCGCAGGAUGAGGGAGCACCAGCUCUCAAGGCCGGUGCCCUACCUGGAUUUCCACCUGUCCCCGGCCGUGCCAGACGGCGAGCUCUCCAGGGCCGCCAGCGCCGAUUCCUCCGAUCAUCGAUCGUCGCAUCGGCGCCCUCUGCCGCGAAGGCAGCGAGGAGGCGGCCCGCCAGCCACGCGCACGCCGUGGAGCUGGGCGGCUGGCCGUGCGAACCCGCGGAGGCGGGCCUCUCCCGGCAGCUGGGCCUCGCGGCGGCGGCCGCGGAGGCCAGAGCGCGCUGCCCUGGGACACCGCAGGACGGCCACGAGGCCUGGCGCUGCGACGUGAAGCUGGACCAGUCCGCGGGCGAGCAGGCGGUCCGCGUGCGCGGCGCUCACGCCGGGCCCGUGGCCCUGCCGUGCUCCCUCUGCGGCCCAGACCUCGACGUGGCCGAGCUCGCCGCGCGCGUCGACGCCGGCGGCGCCGCGGCCCGGCUCGGGUGCAGCCUGGUGGCGCCUCGGAGGCCCAACGCGCUGGUCUUGGAGACGUCCUUGCUCGAUCUCUUCGAGUUUUCGGACCGCGCGGUGGCCUGGCUCGUGCCCCGCGACGCCGAAUACGCGCCGCUGCACCGCGAGGGGGGGCCCGAAGCCGCCCGGCUCGCCCUGCUGCGGCUGCACGCGGGGU